AUGGCGCCUAACUAUGCCAAUGGCAACGCCUACGGUCUGCCGACCUCUUCCUACAACAACCGCGCCGCGAGCACAUCCCUUGCCGAAAGCCUCCUGUCAGCCCUGCAGAACCUUCUGAGGCGGGGACGGAGAUACUGGAACGGACGCGGCCGCAUCGUUGCUGGGAACUUGGCCAUGCAGGGUGCUCACCACGUCUCGAGGAACCUGGUGUCUCGUCGCCUCCUGAGCUUCCCGCACCUGCUGGUGGCCCUGUGGAUGCUGGUCAUGCUAUACGGGGAGCGGUGGAUCUUCAUGAGCAAGGUGCAGAGCUGCGACUGGGACCACUGGGAGAAAUGGCCGGCAGGAGCGACGCCGCACCGCUUGAUCUUUGUUGCCGACCCCCAGCUCAUCGACCCUCAUUCAUACCCAGGCCGCCCGUGGCCUUUGAACCCCUUGACCUAUACGAUAACAGACAACUACAUGCGAAGGUCAUACAGGGCGCUUCAGAAGGAGCUACAGCCAGACACAGUCAUGUUUCUUGGAGACCUGUUCGACGGUGGGAGAGAGUGGUCAACCGCACAUGGAGGCUUCGAAGAACCCGAGUGGAUGAAGGGGGAGCGACCUGCCGACGAGGCGAAAUACGCAAAACAGUGGAGUAAGAAAUACGGCGAAGACUUCUGGCUGCAAGAGUAUGCCAGGUUCGGCGGCCUGUUCUACGACAACUGGCGAUUGGGCGGCCUGUUCCCUGGAAGGUGGCAGCGGGGCAAGAAGAUCAUCCCCAGUUUGCCUGGGAACCAUGAUCUCGGUUUCGGGCCCGGGGUAAAACCCAUGGUGAGGAAACGUUUCAGCGCGUAUUUUGGAGAGACGAAUCGGGUCGACGUCAUUGGGAACCAUACCUUCGUGUCUGUUGAUGCCCUGUCACUGAGCGCCGGCACCCACCAGAAGAUGGAACGGGCCGACUUGAGCGAGAUCUACAAACCCGUACACGACUUCCUCGACGAGGUCAAGGGGACCAAACGGAGGUUGGCAGCCAAGGAGGUGAGGUUCUGGCGUGGGGAGAGUGAAGAUCUAAGCUACAACCAUAAAGUCGAGGACGUCAGCGAUGCUUCCUUCAAAAACCUGCCAUCGUUGGACCAAGGAGAGGACGGGCCUGACUUCCCGACAAUUCUCCUGUCCCACGUGCCCCUAUACCGGGAACCUGGGACGCCGUGUGGUCCGCUGAGGGAACAUUGGCCGCCCGCAAAACCGCCGGAAGGCCAGACAACACCUGUCAAACCCGACAUGCGCAACGCCCUCCACAUAUCAGCAGGCUACCAGUACCAAAACACGCUCACCGAAGAGGACUCGGUGAGACUUGUGAAGAGCAUCGGAAACGUGGUCCACGCCUUUUCGGGGGACGAUCACGACUAUUGCGAGGUGGUCCACUCGAGUUCGAAGGAUAACGUUCGAGAGAUCACGGUCAAGAGUCUGAGCAUGGCCAUGGGUGUGCCGACCCCGGGAUUCCAAAUGGUCUCGUUAUAUAACCCCAUCGACGAGAACGGGAAGUCGCUAUCGAGGGAUACAAAACCCACCUUGCAGACACAUCUCUGCUUGCUUCCCCAGCAGCUCUCCACUUUUGCGACAUAUGCCGUCCUCGGCAUACUCACCGUCGUGAUUCUUGUCAUUCGCGCCUUCUUGGUACCCGUGCUGAACCUGCAGCCAUUUGCCCUGGACGGCCUCCCCCUAUCGAAUGGCGCGGUCCUGCCGACGCACGUCAAGGCCAAGUUCGAGGCCGACCCGGAAGAAGGGUACGGCCUGCCGACCUCGGGCCACUCGACCUCCAAGUUCCUCUCGGCGCGCACGCGCGGCCGUGGCGCGUCCAUCACCAACGGCGCCGCGCGCGGCAACUCGCCCAACACGAAGAGCGGCAAGUGGGGCUGGGGCGAGACCCGCGGCCCGCGGAUCGAGAUCAGGCGAGACGUCUGGGAUGGCGGACGGUCAGACGGCACCCUGUGGCAGGCCGCCCGGCGUCCCACCUGGCGGUCGGCGCUGCAGUCACAGACGGCGCUCGUGGGCCGCGAGAUCUGGACCACGACCUGGAGGGUCGCCUGGAUGGCGCUCGGGUUCUACGCCUAUCUCACAUACAAGGGCUAG